AUGCAAGCAAAUAUCAGAAACGGGCGCUCAACAGUUUUGAACAUUUUUUAUUCGGAGUACAGGAUACAUAAAGGAGAUUUGAAACUUAUUUGUUUUCAUGUGGAACACUUGAAACCUUAUGACAACGAGCUGACAAGCGAUACUUUUGCAUAUGCUACUGGAUACACAAGCUUGUUUCUCUCAUUACACUUGUUGAUUGUUUAUUCUCUGCAACAGACUUCAGGUGUUGUUGGCUAUUCCAAGUUUGUAAGCCGUGAGAUGAGCAAAGCUGAGGUUAUACGGUCUCCGGUUGAUUCUGUGGCAGAUACAUACCGAGCAUUACUAACUGAGGGUACACCAAUGGAAUUUCAGAGAAUACUGGACCUUAAGGGUCUUAAAAAAGUGGAUCAACAAAGCAUUCUUGAUGACUUUAAUAAACAUGGCCCUGGAAUUAAGCAAACACAGAUUACACCUACAGUUGUCCCAGCUUCCCCCAUGGCUCCGGUGGUGCCUAAUCCCUCUGCCGCUGGACUCAUGGCAUCUCGGGAGGAUGUACUAACUAGGGCCGCCGCACUUGGACGAGGAGCUGCCACCACAGGGUUCAAACGAUUCUUGGCUCUAAUUGAAGCUGCCAAACACAGGAAGGAUGGGCCUUUCCAGAAGCUUUUUAAUCCAUAACGAAGAGUGUGGUAUUGAACGAAAGUUUU